GUUGAGAUUCUGAGAAAGCAGUGAUCUUUCUUGGAAUCGGAAUAUGUACUGUAUGUUUUUAUGCUUCACAAAACUUUUUUCGCCACCGGGACACCGACUUAUUAGCUCAUUGUGCAUUGUCCGUAUUCAUCGAUAAAAUCCGUCUACACAAAGUCCUCGCAAAGGAUAAAGGUACUUUUAAAAGUGUUAAAGAAUAAUUGAGCACGCGGGAAGUUUGGAGUGCACGAAAGAGUGACGAAAGAGGCGUACAAAAAAAUAAGUUGCUGGAGGACCCUAGCCUCUUGAAUGCUCUCCAAACGUCCCAAGUGCUCAAUAUCUCGACAUAGGCACAGCUGAAGCAUGAACUAAUUGUUUUAUAACAUUAUCAAAGCGAUCAAUGCAGCAGUUAUCUUAAAUUUUUAUUAUUGUAGCGCGCGCUCUAAAUAGUACGCGUCAAUGUCUACGUGACUCUUCUUUUUUUACCUCACAAUUAUAUCUUGAAACUGAGAGUCGCUAAAGAUAACAUUAAAAAAGAUUGCAAAAUCCAUGACUAAGGUGCCGGAAAACUAUUAAUCCACGGUAAAAUUCUUAAAAAAAAAAUCAACAACAACAACUUUGCAAAGAGUGAUUUGCACACGCUAUAGCCUGCACAGCUCGCGCAGAUGACAACGACAACUACAAUCACUUCUUUUCCCUACUCUCGGUUAGCAAAUUCAAAAGUUUUAUUAUAAAUUUACGUCAUAAAACACAUUGUAAACUAAACGCUUCAUCGUUUUCAGUAUGUGCACUUGGCCUUUUGCAUUAGUUGAUCACGUGAUCAACUUUCGGUAAACACGAAAACAGUUCGCUUUUGAACAUGUUGAAAAAUUUUGUUUGCACGAGCUGAAAGAGCACAUUAGAAUUUGAAAACGUGUGAAUUUUCAGCCGAAUAUCUCAAAAGUAGCAAUAGCAACGGCCGCCGAAAAUCAGAAGUAUUUGAAUAAGAAAAACAACUUGUGCCACCUACUCACGCUUGAAUGGUUUUCCAUACAAAUCCUUGUAAAUUUCGAAAUUUUCAAGCGCUACUUUUGAGAUUUACGGCUGAAAAUAUACAGGUUAACCAGUUUUAAUAUUCUCUUUCAGUUCGUGUUAACAACAGCUUCAAAAGCGAACUGUUUUUGUAUUUACCAAAAGGCCUCUUGGGGAUUGCUAAGCUUACUGACAAGAACUCGAGAAUUGACGCCAUCAGCGUGCUCAUCGAGAAUACAAGUAACACGCUCGCGCUAUUGAAUUUGAUUGGGUGAAUUUUCUAGCCAUCUAUAAAGCGUGAUAGUGGUGUGGUUCAUACCACGGAAUGUCAAACCGAUUUUUGAUCCCCUAUCUGAGUUAAGGAAGGUUUAUUAGUCUUAUAAUUAUUCAGGAAAAUAUUUUGCACUAUAAGUAUUAGUUUUUAUGUAAUAACUAAGAUAGUACGCGCGCUCUGAUUUGCCGAGGGGAGAGUUUGCAUGAGAGUUUGUAAACAUGGUUUUGACGUUGAGAUGUUUUGCUUUUCGCGCGCUCAUCAGGCAAACACGAACUCGACAAGUUUAUACUUUAUUUACCCAAUCCUUGGUCGGCUGAAACUUGGAAAAUCUUUACAAACAAGCUGUGACAUCUUUUUCCGCUUAAGCUGACAUUUUAAGCGAGAAAAAUCAGUAUGUUGGAAAUCAUCUUUUUGCAAAACAAGAACUGAUCACGUGUGCAAGACUCCGUGUAUGAGACUUUGUGACUGGUAAGAAUUUCUCUUUUAAUCAGUGCCAUUACAAAGAGUUUUGCGUUUUUUCUCGUGAAAGUUAUUUUAUAAAAGCAACGGAAAAUUCUCAACAGUUAUACAAACCCUCGACUUCGUCUCGGGUUUGCAUAACUGUCUCGAAUUCUCCCAAACCCUCGAGUGUUUAUAUCAGGCUAUGCAAAUACGGAAAAGUUUUCUAUUGCUUAAAUGGUAUAAUUUAUUAUUCAUUCAAACUAUUUCCCCGAUUCUGAUUGCUAAAAGCACACGCAUAAUUCACCAUAACCAGCUACUGAUGACCAAAUUUGGAAGAAUGUUGCGAUUAAUCAACCGAUGACGUCAAAAGUGCAGCUUCCUUGCAGGUUAAUGCACCGUUAACCGAGAAGACCUGGGGACGAGGUUGAGUUGGUUUGGUUGAGAAAACAAAAACGGCAAACAUUUCACUCAUUUCAAGAGUAAGAACUAGGCGAGAUAAUAGCUAAAAUCAUGGCAAGAACAGCAAGAAGACAACUCGAAGGGCGACAUCUAGAUCUGCUACUUGGAGAAUUUUUGCGGAGCUGAACAAUCCUAAACGUGCACUGUCGAAGAUGAACUUAACAUCGAUGUAGGUAAGCUUGUUUUAGGCUUUAGCUAUGUUUAUAAACUCAGAAUUAUUUUGAAUGAAUAAUAAAACAAUUAUUGAAUUCGACUUUCGUAUCGUAUGAAGAAUUAUGAAGAUGUCGGAGGGUGUUAUCCGCCUGGUCUACGGCCUCGACGGAUAACACCCUCCUCGAUCUCUAUAAUUUUUCAUAAGAUACUCAGCCUCAUUCAUUAAUUAAUUGCCUAAUUUCAUACCGCGCGGGAGCCUGGAACUACCGGAUUUUCCCGGACUUUUUAAAUUCCUGAUUCAAAUUGUUUCCUAUAAACAGGAGGUAAAGCAAAUAUCACUGCGUGCAGUUGAAACGAUAGUAACAGCCAAAGCCAGAUAACUCCAGAAAGUUAAUAUUCACAGCAAAGAACAGUUUUUUUAAUGCUACAAAGAACUUCGAUUAAAAGAAAGAUCUAAUCGGAGACUUUUGCUACUUGGAAGUAUUGGAAGGAUUCCUGAAUUGUUGGACAAAAAAUUUGAACAAGGAACCGUAGAUUUUAGCUUUUUUACGGCGCUGGAUCCGACCGAAUAUUGGGGAGUGAUAUGGGAGUGGGUGUACCUGUCUUUACAAACCGUAAAAUAUAGACUUCCAAAAAGCGAAACUCGCCAGAGUGACACUGAGUGAAAGGGCAACAUCGUAUUACGUCCUCAAGGCUUACAUUAGGUUUUCUCCCUGUCCCUGCGUACGGUCUCAGUAGAAAUCCUAAAGAUCAGGUCGGAAACAAUUCUCACUGAACAUAGAUAAAGGCAAGUAUAGUUCAGUCUCACUUGAGAGGCAUUUCUCGUCCGGUAACACUGCAGUUCCUGUGACCAGACCUGAUGCAUUGAGCAAUGUUAUAAUACACAAGUAAUUUUUCUCAGGGGGAUAAAUUGCGUAUAGCUUUUUUGUGAGGCCUCUGCGUGUGCCAUUCUGUUCCUUUCAGUGACAUUGCAAGUAAUUUACUCAAGACUGUAUAAAUUCAGGGAUAAAAUGUCAAAUGGCAAUGGCUUACAAGGGCUCGCUUGUUGAGCUACCUCUUUUUGGAACUUAUUGGGUCUAGGAGCAUGUUUGCAAUUUGGGCAAUCACCUUGUAAUUACAGUCAACAAUAUCACGUACAUCUACCUUUUGGCUAGCAUGCACUAGGUAUAGACUAGUCCCUUAUUCUCCCUGCAUGUGAUUUAAGAACACUAGGUUUAACAUACAUAACGCCACAAAGUUCACUACACGCAGCACCUUUCACGUGGACAUUUAAUACUCUUUUCCGCGACGGGAAUAAUCCAGGUACGCCCUUUUAAGGGUGCAAAGAAAGUAUUUUUACAGCUUGCCAUUCGGGCAAGCUGAAGCUAGCAUUUACUAGUCCAAACGUCAUUUCAAUUAGCCCCCCAAAUUUUUUAAUGAGCAGAAUUGAUUUCACAGUUCUUCUGUAAGACGAAUUCCUCAAAAUACUUCACUUACCCGUCGGGCAAGUUACGAACAGAAUUCACUAGCCCGAUGGCAAAAUCCACUAGCCCUGGGCUAUCUGCGGACACUACUUUCUUUGCAUGCUGCUUUUUGUACAGCACUGCUCUUUAAGUUUUGCUCCAGCAUACUUAGGUUACGAUCGGUACUUACACAAUCACAUCUGUGUUCUUGCCAAUGAUCUCCCGUGACUUAACAGAUGCGAAUAGAAUUAAACAGAGGAUCUUUUGCUAUAGAAAAUUUAUAAUCACCUGUGGUUCGAGCGGACCUGUUCAUCGAACAAUUGCUUGCACUUGCUGAGUGUCGGCUCUUUAAGUCUAACUUCAGGGCAUGAAAGAAAUACUGCAUCCUUUUGUUACUAAGCCUAGGCAGAUUCUCCAAGGGAAUAUUGAUCAAUAUUUCUUCGAAAAAAAAUGCUUUCGUUCGAGUUUUUAUUCUGACUAUCCGCCAUUUUGAAACUGGACUUUUUAAAAACUCCGGGAAAAUCCGGUAGUGCGAGGCCCCCGCCCGGCAUGAAGUUAGGCAAUAAAAUAUCGUAGAUCGACCCUUCAAAUCUCAAAAGCAUUUUCUUUGAUUGAGGUCACCAUUGAAGCGAAAUACUUGCCAUCCAAGAUAAAACGAAUAGGGGACACAAACAUUACUCUCUGAUCCGGCGAGGGGGUAGUGGGAUAGUAUUUUAACAUACCCAUUUUUUCCUCAUAAGAUACCAAUUGGAUUGUAAAAUCUUUGAUACCGAAUGGCUAAAAUUGCUUUCAAACAGAAUACCUAAAAAUGAUUUGUCGGAUUUUUGACAGGUAACACAACCAGAUACAGUGUAUAACUUUUGGUGCACUGAAGUUGGUCGAGCUUUUUUCAUUCCCUCCGGCCCUUUGCCAGCCCCUGGAUUAAACUUCUGGCCCCGGUUGUUCAAAAGCUGGAUAGCGUUAUACGCCAGAUAAACCACUAUCCAGCGGAUAAGUACUUGGGAAACCAAUUGCGUUAUCCACUGGAUAGAGAUUUAUCUAUCAGAUAGCGCUAUUAGCAUUGUUAGCAUUUAUAGAACUGAAAAUAAGACAAACAAAUUGAAAUUUCUCAAUAUGUCUUGUGUUUGCCUUUUGUCAUAAAGUGUCAUGUUCCCGGGGGGAACUCCCAUAAGAAAGGGGUGGGGAUGCUCGCCUUCUCGCUUAGGGAUGUAAAUUUCGGAUUUUGGUCUCACUUAGGGUGUUCUAGGCAAAAUCUGUUUUAUGUGCAAGCAUAGUUAGUAAAGUGGAAUGGUUAUUAACCCGUUAGGCUCCUCUGUUACAUCAUUUUGUUGGCCUUUUUGGAUAGCUUUCCUAUUGUUUUUAACUUCCUGGCUAAUAGGAUCAACGUCACACUAAUUUAUUCAGUCACAAUUUGUGAACAAAAAGCAAAGGAUUGUGUCCGGUCAGGGAGCUUCCAGCAUAAAACAGCACUGUUGUUUUCAACUUUGAUGCUUGCUGGCUUUCAUAACUUGAGUCUUCUUUACUAACUGUGGUGCAAGGUGGUGGUAAAAGAGGUUUUCGAUAUAAGAAAAUAAAGAGCUCAAAGAAAGUCUUGUCCAGUCUUCCUGGACAAGUAGAUUUUUUUGCUGGGCCAGUAACUUUCUAGGCCCACUUUCUAAAUGCACAAGUGUUCAGGUACAUGUGUAAACUGAAUCAUCAACUAAGACUAGCAAGCAAUGGUGCCUAAGCUUAAUUGUUAUUGCUUGCUUAAGUGCAAAGGGAGAGCUGGCCCCGGUUGUUCAAACGUCGCAUAGCGCUAUCCAAAUAGCGCUAUCCAACGUUUGAACAACCGGGACUUGGAAUGCCAGUUUUUUCAAACAUUCAAAUAAUAUUGAUUUAUACAAGGGAGGUUUGUUUUAUCGAGGUUCUGCUGUACAUAAGUUUGUGUGACGCUUGUUUCUUUCUGGCUCAAUGUUGUAAACUCCUUCUAACAUGCCUAACUCCAGUGAAUGAAUGUAUUUUCUCCUUUAAUAGACACAUGUAUACUGAUUCAUAAUGGAGGUGUUAUUAUCUGAUUAAACACUGAAGAGAACCAUGUCUGACAUUGGUAAGAACAAAUAUGCCAAGCUAAAAAUAAAGUUGUACCUGCUGCAGGGCACCUUGUAAGAAGAAGACAACUUCCCACUUUUCCUUUUAGUUUUGCCUAGCAGCUGAGUCUUGAAAAAGCUUUAAUUUUUUUUUCAUAAAAGUUGCUCAAAGUUUCAUAGCUAUUGAACUUGGCAGAAAAGACUCAUAACCCAUAAAUUCCAGGAACCCUACGGUAGGAAACAUGUUUAUUUAAAAUCUUAUAAUAAGGUGAUUUUUUUUAAUUAAGACGUUUCUCCUCUAGGAUUUAUGGCUUGUGAAAGUGGUAGUUCAGUUGAUGCUGAAGUUUUUCAGGAUCUAAACCACACUUCAGAAGGUAUGUGGGUUAAUUUUGAAAAAAGAGCGAAUCCACCGUUAUCGAAGGCAUACAUGGGCAUUUUGGUCAUUAGAAUCUGAGAGGUCCUGUACUACGUAUUAUUCGCGUGGGUCCUGACAAGCGAACCAUUUUAGCCGACUUACCGUCUUCUGCUUUUCUGGUGGAAUUCUUUUCCUUUCCUUCCACUGCCGAUAUUGUGCUUUGAUUUGGUCCAAGCGCUUUUCUAUUUCACAAGCGAAUGUUUUGCAACAGCGAUCACAGUUGCUUAUUUAGAGUGGUACCUUAGCUUUCUUUGCUCUAUAUUUCUUCAUUUAUUACCGUCUUUAUUACAGUCCCAUAUUUACGAAACCUUGUUCUCCAUACAAGUUUAGGAGCAGCAACAACGCCUGCACUCGCUUUCACAUUGAAACUCCUAGUUUAACCUGCUUAACUCAAUAACCUUACUGACAAAGGCGAUUGUCGCAGGCAAUCCUGACAUACCUGGAUCACUCCUAAUGCAGAAUAGCAAACUUUUUCCCUUUCCCAAGACAUUAUAGCUUUAAUUUUUUUUGUUCAAUUCUGAAAUGUAUUUUUUCUUAUUUUCAUUCAAACGUGAUUUAAUUCUAUUGUAUUUUUGUUUUACCACAGUAUAUUAUUUUUUUAAUUUAGAAUUUUUUCACUUUUAAAUCAUUUCGCCGGUUGAAGAUUGCAGAUAGGGUGGUCGAAAGAAGAAUCGAGAGAAUGUUUUUUGAUAUUUUAAUAUGGUUUGGUGGGGCUGCCACCCGUCUUUUUUCAACCUUGCGAUCGUUUUAUGAUUUUCUAUGUAAGUCUGACUAACUCGCUAGGAGCUUUCCUCGCUCAAGAAAGCAGCUUGCUAACCAUUAUACGCUUACAUCCUGCAGGUGAAAUGUCUGAUCAAGAAACUUUCCCAUUCGUGGUCAAUUAUUACACAUCCGGAGAGACAAAAUGUACCUUCCAGUUGAGGAACGUAGAUGACGACGAGAACUAUUCCCCCUUUCUUGACCUGCUAUCGGAAAUCGUCGACGCCUUUAUCACCCGGAAAACCAAGAAGUUUUGUAAAUUCCUCAAUCCUUCACCGGAUUUAAAAAAAGAUCUGCAAGAUUUGAACAGGAAGCGCAAAGGAUGGCUGUUCGAAGUUGAUGACGAUGCUUUGCUGCAAAAGCUACGUGAUAAAAUUACCAGCUCGGUCAAAGAACUCAUUUGUCCUUACCCAGCACAUGGAAAAAUUGCUAGCUUAGACGUUACGGUCCAAGACGAUUUUGACCCCUCAGGAGAACUUCAGAAAGUCAUCGAGACUAACGCUGCUGAGUUUUCUUAUUCCGAGUCUGAAGCUGGUGAAGAUACAAGUAUCGAAGAAGAGAAAGAUGACUGCGUGGUAGAUGAAAACCAUCCAGACGAAGGGAAAGAAAUUGAUGAUGCGACGAUUUCAAAUCCUGAAAAACCAUGCUAUUUUCCAACACAGAUUGAAAUGGCUGCAAUCCUUAAGCAGCGAAUAGAGGCCAUAAUGGAGUAUUAUCACGGAAUCGCGAAACUCAGUGAGGCUUUUGAUGAUAUUGACUUCACAGUCUACACAGCUCGGUACCGCAUGCUUAGCGAUCAGACCGAGCAAAGGAUCUGUCACCCAGACGCUGGCGUCCUAUCAGAAGAGGAACUGACGUCACACAAAGGGGGCAAUGGAAAGAAGAGAAUGUUUAUGUAUGGUCACGGCGAGGAUGCUGACAUGCACUUUGAACAACUCAAGAAAGAGGUCCUAGAAAAGCCCAAAACCCUCUUCAUCAUUAUUGCAGACGAGUGCCACUGGGGAAUCACUAAAGACAAGGACCAAAAGUCAUCCGCACAUAAUCUGUUCAUCAAUAAAUGGUGCGAGGAAUCACCCAGAAAUGUCGUUGUAGUUCAAAUCUCCGCAACACCUUUCAACCUACUAACUCAAGACUCUCGCAUUCCUGAAGUCCGUUGUCUUGCUCUCCAUGACAAAUUAACUACCACUCGAAAAACGUACGAGGCAGGGGAUCUCUUAGUCGAAGAAAGUGAGCCUGAGAUUGAAGAUCGUAUCAAAGAAACGACUAAGGAAGUAGAGCUUCACGUCGUCCACUGGUCAGAAGUCGAGGUAAAGAACUUUGAAAGGGGAAUGCGAAUGAAACUCAAGUCAACAUUAUCAGAGAAAGGCUUACGCUUUUUACACCGUCACGUCUUGCCAGAUGCAAAACUCAAUGAAUCGCCUGAAGAGGGUGAUUCUCUGUCUGCAUACCUUCAAGUAUUGCCAGAUGGUAACCUGCAGGUAACGCCUGAAGAGACCGAUGCCACGGUUUUUGAGGUACAAGGCAGCCACGGUAUCGUUACAAUUAAAGCCGUGGUAAGCGAAGAGAAAGUGUUAACCUUAACUAAGGAUGAUAGCGGUUCAUUAAAGGCUAUGGAUAACCCGUCGCAGCCUACAAAGUUUAGAGUAAGGCUCGAUUAUGGCGUCGGAGUUGUUGCGUUUGUUUGCUCUGAUAGAUUAGAUCUAUAUUUGACAGUUAAUGAACUUGGCCACGUCCAACUGCAACCAGCUAAAGUGGAAAGAAAAUGUGGAGUUGCCAUCACGAAAUCCAGGAAUGACUUGGGUGAAGUGUCUUUCGAGUUCUAUAUGGUAAAGUGUGGGCCAAAAGAAGUGGACAUGGUUGGACGGCAGUACGUGAGCUUGAACUACUACCUUAGUACAAUGAACAGCAAAGAACAAAAGAUACGCGAAGACAAGUACUUUCAAGAGAUUGUGAAGAAAGCGAGAGUUCAAAAGAAGGUGCAGAAAAUCGACUCAUCGUCCUUUACGACUGACGCCAUGCUUUGCGCCGAGUACUGCUACUACCUUCUCCACAUGAACACAUACGACAGCGAUGAAAAUGUACGACAGCUACUCACCACAGAUAUGCACGAAUCUCCCUCUGCUCAGUUUUGUAAGACAUUCGAGUCCUUUGUGAGAAACCUCAAGGAAGACACAAGGUGCAUUGAUCCGGAAGUAUUUGAGUGGGUUCAAAAAGAACUUUGCGAGAAGGUCAAGGACGAUUUCAAGAAUGACUUUGUAGCGCUGCAUAAUAGCAAAUCAUUUAAUGAUGAUGGCUUAGAAUUCAAGAAACGCAAAGAGGAGCUGGUCAAUUCUUUUGUCGCCUGUUUGAUGCAUCUCUCGCCUCAGGAACUGCGAGACUUACAAGAGACAUACGCUGUUGUUCAAGAUAUCGAAGAAGAGCUGAAAGAAAACUACUGCGAGAAGCUGGUGAAAAUUUGGAACAGCCUUGUUCAGGAAUCCGAAACAAAUCGCUUAGUGAAAAGUCUGAUCAAAAGUGGCAAAAGGGGCUCAGGAAAAAUGAAAAUUGUACGAGCUAAGAGCAGGAAAACGGCCAAUCAAUUUUUCCACACGCUUAUACAAGCUAGAAGACAAGCGUCUCAAGAACACUGCUUUGAGAUCAUCAGAGAUUAUGGUGGAUUUAAUUUAAAGAGACUAAUGACAUCAUCAAGCACUUUUUUUCAGAAGCUUCAGCCAAGAAAAUGCCAGUUUCAAUUUGAGUGCCCUUGCAGCGAUCUUAAACUGCCUCCUGGGCGCCCGAAGUGUGGUAAUUGCCAACACGUGCACAAGCCAAUCACUCAGUAUGAAGACUUACAGAAUCUUGCGUGUGUCCUCAUCCUUGUCGAUAAAGGGCGCAUGGGUGACACUUUUCCCGAAAGCUUUGAUUGCCUGGAUCUUCGCCUAAGCUACGAUGAAGGUUCGCCUAUAAUUCUUUCCACUGUCAUCCAAGAACUGGGAAGAAUGUGCCGUUACGCAAAGCUAUCUGCUGAUGGAUCCUUUGUUCAAAACGUUCCUUAUGCGUUGGUUGGAGCGCAGUUGUUUAAAAGGCUUAAAAUGUCUUUGGACACGUCCCCUGCAGUAAACGCCAUUUCCUGUACCAGAGCCGAUAGCUACAUGAAAAACAGCAAAAGCAAACGCAAGGAUUUCACUUCGCUUCGUUGGUUGGACUACGAAGCCGACAAAGAAAGCUAUGAUUACCAAAACAAGGACAAAGAAAACAACAAGCACUGUAACAGAAUCCUUCUCCAGGCUGAACCCCAGAUCGGAAAAACUGGAACCUACCUGUGCCUCAUAAAACAACUACGACAGGACAUCCUUGGAAAGGAAAACGUAUCUUCAACCAUGUCUCCUUCAUUUGAUGAGGGGAAGUUUUAUCUGGUCAAGGAAAGCAAUGAUCCUGUUGCUCAACCACUGAUGGGUGAGAAAAACGAAGCAGAAAACUGGAAUUUUCCCUACUGGAAAACAAUCCAGGAAUCUCCAAGCCUUCUCCAAAAAUCUGUGGGACCUGGAAAGUACUCAAUUGGAGGGCUUUCCUACGCUCAUGACAUGGAUCAAAGCCCUUUUAUUCUCAUGAAACGUGAAGGAUCAUCACAGCUAGCGAAGUCCGUUUAUGAUCAUCAGGUUGACAACUGUCCAUCUGGUGGGUUACGCGCUUGGCAUUGGCACCACUUUGAGAACUGUGCCGAGUGCGGGAGAUUCCUCGAAGGCAAAGAACCAGUGAUAGAAACUGUUAUGGUGAACAUGGAUGGUAUGCCGGUGACUAUAAAGUGUUCUGUACCAGCAAGCCGCCGUGCCUACAACUGCCUGUUGGAAAAGCUCAUGAAUAGCACAUCAGCAGGAGAGGGUUGGACCGAAGACAGCCUGGCUUCAGCAAUAAGAAGUGUUCCUUCUUCGUUGUAUUGGAUCUUUCAUCCCUCCCAUAGAGAUGAUCCUCGUAAAUGCCUCUUGAAUUACCACCACGCGCUGCAAAACGAAAACAAAGAGAAAACAUUUUUUCAAGUCGCUGUUGUUCAAAGGGAAAAGUUUCAAGAUUAUGUUUCCACCUGGGGAAAGAUGCUCGUCAUUUUCCAGUUGCCAGAUCAACUACCUAUGGAAGGUGAAGAUGAAAAUGUCGGACCAAGUGAAGGAGGGAUUGGAUACGCCAGACGGUUUAUCCAGAAAAUGGCAUUUGCCCUAAAGCUGGAGUAUGUUUUCGUGAUCGAUGACAAUGUAGCGUUAAUGUCAGAAGCACAACUCAGCCCUGGUGAACCGGCGACUUGUAACGAUGCAGUUGUCAGAAACGACAAAGGUGUUAUGCGAAUGCAACCAUGCUCUUUCUGGAAGCCACUAAAUUAUCUCCAGAGGAUAGUGCGUGGAAAGGAUGAACCUCCUGAUGUCCGAAAGCAAUAUGAGCCACAUCCGUUGACAGAAGAGUUUGAUCGUGAUUUCCCGCUGUACAGAUACACAGGACCCGCCAAGCUGUUCGGAGACAAGCAACAUGAGAGUUAUGGCGUUUUGGGUCUUCUUAGAAGUGUUCCAAUCACAGUGAAGCCAUUCGCUAAGACCCAAGUAUACGCUGCUGUUUUGCUGAACGUCAAAAGCACAGUUGAGAAGAGAGUGUUGUACCGGCCAUGGCCUUGCUGGGAAGACCUACGUUUUAACGAUGACUGUGACAAAGAAGGUUUGUGGGUGGUAAAAUGCAAUCGUUUCCUCUUUCACAAAGUCCAGUACAAUGACUGGAUAAACAGCCUUGUCCUUCCAGGUAUCUUCCAAUGGACAGAAGAUACUAAAGUGGAGAAACGACCUCCUGAAAGCACGCUGCCAAUCAAAUUGGAAGAGGGCAUUAUCCUUGAGCACCUUCGUGGCCUAGUUAACGGAAAGGGUUAUGAGAAAUGUUUUGAUGGGGAGAUUGGAUACAGUGACACACAGGAUAGCGACUCUCAUAUCUCUCCAAUGCAAUUGCUAGAACAGCUGAGAAUAAAAAAGCACGCGAAUUCUGCCCUGGCCAUGCCAGUUCCAGUCCUUAUUCUUGCUUACUCUGUUCUGGAACAAGAAAUAGAAGACUUGUUAAAGCUGGAGAAGCUAUAUAGUCUUGCCGAAGAGAAGAUAGUUUUCAUCGUCAGUGCCCAAGAAGCAGAAGACGAAUUGAAGAACAACAUGACACUUGACUGCGUAGAUAGGGGAAUUUUAAAAACCAAGAUUAUGAGAAAAAGAAAGGCUAAAUUUGACAUAUUUUCAGCAGCGGACCCCAGUCGACAUCUUUUGCGGUGGAUUGUGAUCGAGGCAUCGUUCAGGGCUGAAGACAUUAGCCUAUCAGAUGCUACUGAUACGCCUCAGGGCAUCAUUGGUGUUUCUGAAAAGAGUGUCAGCAAGAGAUCAGUGGAAGUGAUCGUCGACGGAGCAAAGGAACUCUCACCGCAGACAAGACCGUCGGAAAAGGAAGUCGGGGAAGACAUGGUUGUUGAUCCAAACACAUUUGCUAAUCAGCUGGAGUCUGAGCAGCACACAGUGGUUUCGUUUCUACCCAGCGCAGCAGGUAGCGGUAAACGGGUUACGGAUCAUAGUACUAUACCUGUAACAAGUAAAAAGAAGAAGAUCGAGACCGGCACUUGCAACUCUACCUAUACAGAAACCGUGAGUCCUAAAAUGCACGUGACUCUGGGUGAGAGUUCCGAGACCGAGCAAAAGGAGGCUCCUCCAGCAGUACAGCUAGGUCAAUCGUCGACCAGGGAAGCCGCCAGGGGGGCAGAGACAGGGAUUGUGAAAUCUGAGCUACAAGAAGAAGUUGUAUCAUCUACACGUACUUUUUCUAUUUCUGUUGAAAGGAAGGCACCCAAAGGAGCAAGUCAACGGGAUGUGGAAAAUGACGUUCCUCCUGCAAGUAAACGAACCAAAAGUCAGAUUACAGGGCUCACUCCAGAAGACCCGGCAUACAUGCGAGGUACAAGCGAAGUUACACGAUUGAUAGUUGAGCUUUGGAGGGAAAAAAUGAGGAUCAAAGGCAACGAAGAUAUAGACCCCCAAAAGGUUAAAGAUAACCUGAAUAACUUCGGAACUGAAGACUUAGAAAGACUUGAUGAUGAAGGCUUCUCAGCUUUAACUAAAGCUUGUUCACUUCCUUCCAUGAGUCCACGUAUUGUAAGCUAUCUUCUUAACAAGAAAAUGGUGGACGUCAAUUCUCAACUACCUGACUGGUUCAGAACGGGCGACAGAGAGGCCGCAAACUUAAUUCCUUUAAUGUCAGCCCUGUCUAUGGCUUUACUGAGAGGGAAUGUGAAAUGCGUUUCGACCUUCAUGCAGAGGAAAAGCGUGAUUAAAUUCGAAAGUAAAGACAAGAAAGGCAACACAGCUUUACAUUAUUGUCUGUCAACUCGAGAAGCAUUCGAAAAGCUCUGGCCAAAUUACGAGAAGAUGAACUGGCGUGAUAUGAAAAAUGACGAAGGAAGGAACCCCUGCGAUGAUGCUAAAGAGAAGUAUGAGAAGUCCAGUUCUACGAUAGUAACAAAGAGAAAGAAAGUUACCACAAACAAAACUCGAGAGGCUCUUGAAUUCGCCAUUAACAAAAUGGACCCAGAAUGGUUGAAAAAUAGG